AUGGUGCCUACCAUUUUUCUGAGCAUCUUUUUGCUUCAUUUCACUGCUUAUGUGACUUCAGAACCGCAAUAUAUCCUGUGGCUCUCCUCUGUGAUGCAGAGCUACUCCAUAGAAAAAGCUUGUCUUCACCUUUUAAACCUCAACGAAUCCAUAGUCCUGAGUGUUGUCUUAGAAUAUGAUGGAUCCAAUACUACUAUUCUGGAACAGUCUGUGGAAGAGAGUAACUUCUAUGUGUGUGCAGAUUUCAAGGUCUCUCAGAAGUCCUCUGAGCAGCUGGCUUUUGUGACAUUAUUGGCUAAGGGAGAAACCCUUACAAUCUCAGAGAGGAGAUCCGUAGCAAUCACGUCACAGGAGACGAUAGCUUUUAUCCAGACAGAUAAACCCAUCUAUAAACCUGGAGAUGACGUUCAAGUUCGCAUUGUGUCGCUGGAUACAAAGUUCAAGCCUGCUGAGGAUAUGUAUCCUUUAAUCACACUUCAGGAUCCUCAAAACAAUAGGAUUUUUCAAUGGCAAAAUGUGACUUCUUUCCAAAAUAUUACCCAACUGUCAUUCCGAUUGAUUUCAGAACCAAUGUUUGGAGAUUACUCGAUUGUAGUGACAAGAAAAGCAGGGAGGACAUUGACACACAGCUUUGCUGUUAAUAGAUACGUGUUGCCCAAGUUUGAAGUUAAGAUCAGUGUACCACAAACGGUAACUAUUACAGUUGAUGAAUUCCAGGUGGAUGCAUGUGCUAAGUACACCUAUGGCCAGUCUGUGCAAGGGAAAGCCCAAAUCCGAGUGUGCAGAGAACUUUUUUAUUCUACGAAUUGUGAGAAAGAAAACAAUGAAAUAUGUGAGCAAUUUAUUGCACAGUUGAAAAAUGGUUGUGUUUCUCAGAUUGUGAAUACCAAAGUCUUCCAACUGUACCGUUCUGGGUUUCACAUGACAUUUCAAACCACAGUGACUGUUACCGAAUUUGGGACAGGUGUGCAGAUCAGUGAAAAGGCCUCUAUUUUCAUCUCUCAAUUGCUUGGAAGUGUCAGUUUUGAGAACACGGACCCUUUCUACAGAAGAGGGAUUUCUUAUACUGGAACUCUUAAAUUUUUGGGUCCCAAUAAUGUGCCUAUGGUGAGCAAAUUGUUGCAAUUGGAGCUCAAUGACAAACUUAUAGGAAAUUACACCACAGAUGAGAAUGGUGAAGCUCGGUUUUCUAUUGACACUUCAGAUAUAUUCGACCCGGAGUUCAGCCUGAAAGCCACGUAUGUCCGACCUAAGAACUGCUAUCUUCCCAGCUGGUUGACACCCCAGUACAUGGACUCACAGUUCUCAGUCUCACGCUUCUACUCCCGAACCAGCAGCUUCCUGAAGAUUGUUCCCGAACCAAAGCAGCUUAGAUGCAGUGAGCAGAAGAUUGUCACAGUGCAUUACUCCCUGUACAGCGAAGUGUACGAGGAAGGCUCCAAUGUAAACUUCUUCUAUCUGGUGAUGGUACGUGGAGCUCUCUUCCUCACUGGACAAAAGGAAAUCAAGCACAAAGCCCGGAAUGGAAACUUCUCAUUCCCCAUCAACAUCAGUGCUGACCUGGCUCCUGUAGCUGUCGUGUUUGUCUACACCCUUCACCCCAGUGGCGAAAUUGUUGCCGACAGUGUCCGAUUCCAGAUUGACAAAUGCUUUGAAAACAAGGUGAGCAUGAAGUUCUCUAAGGUGCAGGGGCUCCCUGGCUCCAAUGCUACCAUCUGGCUUCAAGCAGCUCCUGGCUCAUUCUGUGCCCUCCGGGCUGUGGAUAAAAGUGUCCUUUUGCUGAGACCCGAGCAGCAGCUGUCUGCUGAAAAUGUAUACAACCUGCUCCCAAAUAUAGAUCCACAAGAUUAUUUCUUCCAUGGUUUCAAUCUGGAUGAUAGCAAAGUAGACCCUUGCAUUCCUCAGAAGGAUAUGUUUUACAAUGGAUUAUAUUAUAUACCUGUAAGCAACCAUGGCGAUGGAGACAUCUAUGAUAUUAUUAGGGCUAUGGGUCUGAAAGUAAUUACCAAUCUCCAUUACCGGAAGCCUGAAGUAUGUUCAGCGGAGAGAAAUCUGCUGUUUCCUAGGCCCCCACAUCUAGAAACAGGAAGAACUGUCAUGAUGUAUGGUAUCCCAUCUAGAAGUGCAACCGGUGAUGGCAUAGAGGAUAAUGUUGACUAUGUGGAACAGGCUGUAAGGGAAACAGUAAGAAAACAUUUUCCAGAGACAUGGAUAUGGGACCUCGUCAGUAUUGAUUCCUCAGGUUCAGCCGAUCUUUCCUUCAGCAUCCCUGAUACAAUAACCCAGUGGGAAGCCAGUGCCUUCUGUGUGAGUGGUGAUGCAGGAUUUGGCAUUUCAUCCGCAGCCUCGCUGGAAGUCUCCCAAUCUUUCUUUGUUGAAGUUGCCUCACCCUUUUCAGUUGUUAGAAAUGAGCAAUGGGAUUUGAUUGUCAAUGUCUUCAGCUACAUGAACACAUGUGUAGAGAUUUACGUUCAGUUGGAAGUAUCUCAGAAUUAUGAAGCAAAUAUCAACACCCCGAAAAACAAUGGCAGUGAGAUUAUCCAAGCUGGAGAGAAAAAAACAUAUAUCUGGACUAUUACACCUAGGAAACUGGGAAAAGUGAAUAUCACCAUAGUUGCUGAGUCUAAACAAAGUAGUGCUUGCCCCAGUGAAGCAACUGAGCAGCAAAAUUUAAACUGGAAAGAUACCGUGGUCAAGAGCUUAUUGGUAGAGCCUGAAGGUAUUGAAAAAGAAACGACCCAGAGCUUUCUUAUCUGCACAGAAGGUACCAAAGCCUCCAAACAGGUUGUUUUGGAUUUGUCGAAUGAUGCAGUUGAAGGAUCAGCCAGAGCCUUUUUUACUAUUGUGGGGGACGUUCUAGGAGUUGCAACACAGAAUAUGGAGAGUCUUCUCCAAAUGCCUUAUGGAUGUGGAGGACAGAAUAUUGCUCUUCUGGCUUCUGACACCCAUGUCCUUGACUAUCUGAAAUCCACUGGACAACUCACAGAGGAAGUUAAAUCUAAGGCUUUAUUUCUCUUAUCUAAUGGUUAUCAAAAGCAAUUGUCUUUCAAAAAUUCUGAUGGUUCAUAUAACGUGUUUUGGCAGAGGAAUCAGAAAGGAAGCUUAUGGCUUAGUGCCCUUACUUUUACAACAUUGGAGAGGAUGAAGGAAUAUGUAUUCAUUGAUGAAAAUGUUCAAAAACAGACCUUAAUCUGGCUUUCAAGCAAACAGAGGACAAAUGGUUGCUUUAAAAGUGAUGGCAAACUUUUCAACAAUGCCUGGGAGGUAACUGUUGGUGACAAAGACGACAUUUUCCUUACUGCCUAUAUUGUUGGAGCCUUCCUGGAAGCUGGCCUCAAUUUCACUUUUCCUGCUUUACGAAAUGGGAUUUUUUGUCUAGAGGAGGCACUUAAAGGUGGUGUCACUGAUGGCUACAAUCAUGCAAUCUUAGCUUACACUUUUGCAUUAGCUGGAAAAGAGGAGCAAGUGGAAUCCUUAUUGAAUACCCUGGAUCAGUCUGCUACAAAAAUAAAUAAUGUGAUACACUGGGGAAGAGAAAAGAAAUCUAUGACAGAAGAAUCCCCAUCCUCUACACCUUAUGCUGUUUCAGCUGAGACUUGGAAAACUUGCUAUGUGCUGUUGGCUGUCAUUUCUAGGAAGAUCUGUGACCUCACCUAUGCUAGUAAGAUCGUGCAGUGGCUUGCCCAACAGAUGAACUCCCACGGAGGCUUCUCUUCCACCCAGGACACUGUGGUCUGCCUUCUUGCCAUAACCCGCUAUGUGAAGUUAACCUUCUCUAAUCAUCAAAACACUGUCACCUUCAGCAGCAGCGAAUCCAGUGAGAUUUUUAAGGUCAACAGUGAGAACCGCUUACUAGUGCAACGUUCAGAACUACCAAGAGCACAUGGGCAAUACACAGUGGACGUGGAAGGACAUGGUUGCGUAUUUAUCCAGGCCACCCUUAGGUAUAACAUGCUUCUACCUAAGAAGGCAUCUGGAUUUUCCCUUUCUUUGGAAGUUGUAAAGAAUAAUUCUUCAGAUAUUUUCCAGACUAAAUUUGAUCUUACAGUGACCCUCAGAUAUAAUGGAAUUCACAGUAACUCCAACAUGGUCAUUGUUGAUGUAAAAAUGCUGUCAGGAUUUACUCCAGUCAUAUCAUCCAUUGAGGAGCUUGAAAACCGUGGCCAGGUGAUGAACACUGAAGUCAGGAAUGAUCAUAUUCUCUUCUACUUGGAAAAUGAUUUUGAUACAGCAAACAGUUUCACUAUUUCUGUUGAGCAAAGCAACCUUGUGUCCAACAUUCAGGCAGCCCCAGUCGUGGUGUACAACUAUGAUGAAAAAGAUGAAUAUGCCCUUGAUUUUUACAACAUAAAUAGUAUUUCAGCUUCCCAGUGA